AUGUAUCGUUCUUGCUUUGCAUUGAAAGUUCAAAACCCAAAACUCCAUUUGCAGAGUGAUUUUAUGGGCACAGUGGGUAAGAUCCUAGUUGACGAACACUAUCCCACAGCAGUAGAUGAGCCUAUAUUUGAUAAAAUCGAAAGCAUUCGUUCAAAUGUUAAAUUUGAGCAAUGCUACGAAAGGAGCAAGCUUAUAGGAGAUGGAAAAUUCGGGAAAGUGUAUCAAGUGCGCGAAAGAGCAACGGGUGCAGAAUUUGCAGCGAAAGUGAUUCGAUUGAAACAGCAAGCAGACAGAGCCGAGGUCGAGCGAGAGGUAUCGAUACUCACACAGCUCAGACAUCCACGUAUAGCACAAAUCUACGAUGCUUUCUAUACAGCCAAUAACGAAGUCGUAUUGGUUAUGGAAAUAGUGCGAGGAGGAGAACUCUUCGAUAGGGUAGCUGAUGAAAAUUACGUGUUGACGGAGCAAGCAGUAGUGAUGAUUAUAUGUCAGCUCUGUGAAGCAAUCGACUAUAUCCAUGAGCAAAAUAUUUUACAUCUAGACAUCAAGCCCGAAAAUAUCAUGUGCGUGUCACAAACCGGAAAUAGAAUAAAACUGAUUGACUUCGGCUUAGCACGAUACUACGAUGGAACACAGGAACUUCGCUACAUGGCAGGAACCCCGGAAUUUGCAGCUCCGGAGGUUAUUAAAUAUGAACAACUCGAUUACAGUACUGACAUGUGGAGCGUUGGCGUAAUCACUUAUAUUUUAUUAUCCGGGUAUUCUCCGUUUCUCGGAGAAAAUGUCUGUGAGACAUACUGUAAUGUCGAGAAAGGAGAAUGGGAAUUUACCGAAGAGUUUGACUCAGUCAGUGAGGAAGCGAAGGACUUUGUGUCACGACUGAUUGUUUAUGAGAAAAAGAAAAGGAUGCUUCCAAAAGAAUGUCUAGCACAUCCAUGGAUAGCCAAACACAGAGCAAAAGCCAACCUCGAUACGCUUUUAGAAAAGCCGGCCGAGGGCCCAGCUAUGGAUAAGAAGCAAAUGAUGCGGUAUAAUGCAAAACGAAAGUUUAGGUUCUUUUACGCCUACAUGCGUCUUAUCACCUAUGUGAAGAUCUUCAUAGAGCUGAAUCGCCUAAGAAGAAUAGCAAAUUGCCGUAUGAGUCGAAGUGGACAGCAAUACUUCGAAAAGCUUUUAUUAGCAGCGGAGACAGAAAAACUAUUAGCGCAACAAAACAUUGCAAAAGCAAGUACUAAUCAAGUGAAUUUGCAAAAGCUUCCUGGAAAGGGAGUAGAGGUGAAAAAGGAGACAAAUGCAGAAGCAUCAACGAGUAAAGAAACAAUCGAAGAGCAAGAGAAGAAACCCUCAACAAAACGUGCUGGUGUACCGCUUUCGGAAGAAAAGAAAAAAGCGGAUAAUGCAGCAAAGGAAAAGGAGGAUGUACCAGUCGAAAAGAAGGCAAAGAAAAUCGAAGUCGCUCCAGCUGUACCAGAGAGUGCACCACCAGCUCAAACUGUUCCUAGCGAAACUCCAAAGCAGAAAAGAUGUUGGAAGAAAUCGGACCAAAAUGAGAAGCUAGCCGCAAAACCUCCGCAGCCUGUGGCCCAAGCUGGUUUCAAAAUAACAGCCCCAGGAGAAAAUGCAGCUGAAAAGUCGAAGUCUGACAUGAAAUCGCUCCCAGCAAAGAAAAUACCGGAAGUGGUCAUUACUGUUCCUUCUGAGAAGGUAGUGCGAAAAGAAACUCCUGCCCCAGAAGCACCGCCCAUUCCUGCGCCUAGAGCUGCAAAAACCGCGGUGUCAGCCAAGAACCUUCCUAGCAAGGCAGAAGCGAAGUUGCAAGAAUCUCCACUGAAGAAGUCUGCUUCAACUGACAAAGUGCUUCUGUUAUCGGAGAAAGUUGAAAAACUAGAACGAAGGUCCCUUCAAGAAAAGAAGCCUUCUUCCUUGGAGCGCGUCCCUAAUGCUGCCAAAACUACGGAAGCACUAAAAAUUGCCGAAAAAUUCGGCGGUGCAAAAACUCGUGAAAAAUCGGCAGAAAGGAGCACCAAGGAAGUAGCUAGACCUGGCAACUUGCCCACUCUACCAGUAAGCGAGAAAUUACUAAACAAUAAGGAAGCACCAUUGAAGACGCUUAGCGCUAAAAACUCUAGCGAUCCAUCUGUAGAAAAAGCAGGGAAGAAACCUGUCGAGCAACCGACUUCACUGAGGUCACGGAAGUCUUCGGCCCCGGAAGCUAUCAUCACAGAGCCGCCAAAGAAGACUGUACUUGGUUCACCACAAACAUUAUCGUCUGGAGAAAAUAGAACUACUCCGAUGAGAAUGCAACGUUUUGGCAGUUCGGAAAGUGGUGACAGCACUAAGGAAAAUCAGAGGAUAGAGGAGAAAAAGCCGACAAGACAGGGAGCAAUGCGCAAAAAGGAGAAACCAACAGAGAAGCUUUUCAUCGAUUCUAUGCUUCCUUCCCCAGAGAAGACUUUCCUGGGACCUACGGUCUUACAAAAAAGAGCCAGCGCCGGUGAUGUGAAGCCAUUGCUUGCCAAAGCUAAUGUGGAAACCAGCUCAACACCGAUUAAGCCUGUAGAAAGCACAAAUGAUGCUAAGGUCACAAAGAAACGAGGAAGCUUGGUCCAAGAAAAACUGUCAAAGCUGGGUGCUAACACUCCUAAAGAAGUUUUACCGGCGACUACGAAACCGGCUCUGACGGAGGCUACAGAGAAGAAGAGUGUUACAGUAGGACAAGAAACUAAGGAGCAGAAGAAAGCAAAGUUCUUACCUAUUACAAUAGAGAGCAAAACAACAACUACUACUUCAACGUCGACCAGCACAACAACGAGGAAAGCAAGCAUAGAGAAGAGGGUGCAACAUAUAUCAACAGGAAAGAAAGUCGAGGAAGUAGAGAGGAAGUUCGUCGAGCAAGAUAAUGCCACUACACGUACAAUCACAUCUAAAAAGGCCGAGACAUGUAAAGAGCCUCCAGUCACAGUUGUGAAGCAAGAUGUGUUGAAAGAGAAUUCAUUACGAUCAACAACCGAGAAAGAACGGGUCGAAGAACAAAAGAAAGAUACGGCGAAAAUUUUGAAGACAGCUCGAAGCGCUUUGGUCAAAGCUGUUGAUAAAGUGACGAUUGAGGAGUCGUCUAAGGUCGACGGAAAGACGACAAAAUUCUCGGUGGCUGGAACAAAGGAUGUGUCAAGAAAGGUGAAGGAGCUAGCGCAAGAAAGUAUUGGCUCGCAAGGAAAGACGAAGACUUCGGAGUUGACCGCUACUGAAAAGGUGAAGGUGAUUUUGGAGGUAGGAAAUAAUGAUGGAAAGUGUUCACUAGAGAAAACCACUGUGCAAAAGGUUGUCGUGAGUCCUAUGGAGCCGGCAAGCAAAAGUGACAGCAAACCCGGCGUUUCAUUGAGAUCUAGAAGCGCUUCGCCUGGUGUGAAAAAACUGUUAAGCCGAACUACCAAAGAGCUGAAAGAAAUUCCGCUCGGAGAAGAAGCUAAAAAGAAACAAGAAGGACGGCCCCCUGCUCCGGACAAAAACACGACGAAAACAAUUCCUGAGCCUGAGAAAGUUCCGGUAACUCUUCACAAAGCAACAUCUGUGAAAAUGCGAGAAAACAAACCGGAUAGAGACUUAGCAACAUUGAAGAAGAAAAGAGCCACCAUUGCCAGCUCUUCUGUGCAGGAUACACAACAAGAAUUUGUACCAAGAGAAGACUUUUCAUUCGAUGCGCUCAAGGACAAAUUAAUUCGGCGUGUAAGCAAAGAUAAUGAAAAACCACCACCGAAAAAGGAAUGCAUAUCAAUCACGAGUGUGAGCUCGGUUCGAGACCGGCUAAAGCAGUUUGAAAACAAAAAAUAGAUGUUUGUGAACUUGAUGUUGGGUUACAAUGAUUCUUCAAAUUACCGCUUCCUUACCGCGGCGUUUUUUCUCUCGCCCACACGUGUUGAUUUCUUUUUUUCAUGUUUUUCACACCUUUUCUGUACAUAUUUUGUACUUAUGCUUAUCGAUCAGGGAUCAACAUGUGCGAAUCUUGUACUCUUAUCUGUUUCCAUAGCUUUAUUUCCACAAAGUAUCAAAGAAUAUUUAUUACUGGUUCUCUCUGCGAUUUGCCUUAUUGCUUGUCAUACUUAUGUUGAAGCUAUGUGGGUUUCUUUGUUGUCUGCGGAUUUUCCAUGAAUCGUAAUGCUGAAGUGCGGGUUUUCUCUCAAAUAAAGGGUAAUGC